AUGGAGGCGGAGGCGGAGGAUGGGCUCCCAGUCGGGCCGGCAGAGGGCGAGCCGGGGGAGCCGCCCUCGCGCAGGAGGAGGCAGGAGGAGCCAGAGGAGGGCGCCGCCGAUGACUACCCCGGCCUGGAGCAGGCGGCCGUCUCCAGAGAGCAGGAGGCGGAGCUGCAGGCGGCCCUGGGCGGGGAGGGCGGCAGCGGGGCCUCGGCCGUGUCCUUUCUGGAGCUGUGCGAGCGGCCCCCGGGCGGGGCGGAGGCGGCCGCGCAGAGGUUCUUGUCCCUCCUCGCCCUCCACAUGGAGGGUGCGGUCACGGUGAGUCAGGAGGAGCCGUACGGGGACAUCCUGAUAGGGCGCGGUGUUAAUUGGUCGGCGGCGCCCAUGGCCGUCGUGGCCGCCUGA